GCCCAUCGCUAUUCCUAUCGCCAGGCUCGUGAGAUUCUCGGCAGUUGAAAAUUUUUCGUCGUACUCUCGUAACAACAAAGUCUAUAUGCAAUUUUUCAUGUCCAAAAACAAAAGCAGCGACAAAUCGUCAGACAGCAGCAACAUGUCCGCCUACAAGCUGGAGACCGCCCCCUUCGACCCACGGUUCCCUAACCAGAACGUGACUCGCUACUGCUACCAGUCGUACAUCGACUUCCACCGCUGCCAGAAGAAGCGCGGCGAGGACUUCGCGCCGUGCAACUACUUCCAGAAGGUCUACAAGUCGAUGUGCCCCAACGCCUGGGUGGAGAAGUGGGACGACCAGCGCGAGAGCGGCACAUUCCCCGGCCGCAUCUAAGAUGCAGCAGCAACCCAGCACCCAAACACACAGGACACGAUCGAUGGGCGGAGGGACGUAGAGGAGCGUGGCAACCAGAAUCCAGCAAUUGCAACAGAGAAGUUCGUAUUUGUGCUUUCCCCAGC